AUGAUUAUUAAAGAAUACCGCAUCGUACUGCCACUGACGGUCGAAGAGUAUCAAGUGGGACAACUGUGGUCCGUUGCCGAAGCGAGUAAAAACGAGACGGGCGGAGGCGAAGGCGUUGAGGUCUUGAAAAACGAGCCGUACUCUGGAGUGCCACUGCACGACGGGAAAUACAGCCAAGGACAAUAUACCCACAAGAUCUACCAUUUACAAUCGAAAGUUCCAUCCUUGGUUCGGCGUGUGGCACCGAAGGGUUCACUGGCUAUUCAUGAAGAAGCGUGGAACGCGUAUCCCUAUUGUCGGACCGUGCUAACGAACCCCGACUACAUGAAAGAUAACUUCUUCGUGAAGGUGGAGACGAUCCAUCUGCCAGACCGAGGCGAAACAGAAAACGCUCACAAUCUGCCACCUGAGGUGCUCGCCAAACGAGAGGUCGUCCAAUUGGAUAUUGCUAACGACAAAGAACAUCUUGCAACAUCGGACAUCAAGGCGGAAACUAGUCCAAACCUCUACAAAAGUGCCAAGACUGGUCGAGGCCCUCUCGCUCCCGGCUGGCGCAAGUCAUGUGAACCGGUGAUGUGUGCGUACAAACUGGUGACUGUCCACUUCAAAUGGUUCGGCUUCCAAACGAUGAUCGAGAAAUUCACACACACGCAAUACCCGCGGCUCUUCUCCAAAUUCCACCGAGAAGUCUUCUGCUGGCUAGAUCAAUGGCACGGCCUGACGAUGCAAGACAUUCGAGCAAUCGAGGAUCUCGCCCAAAGAGAGCUCGAGGAGCAACGUACAAAAGGAGCUGUUCGUGGAAUGACCGCCAAC